GCCAGGCCUGGAACAUGGACGUGGGUGAACUUCUGAGCUACCAGCCCAACAGGGGCACGAAACGACCCCGGGAUGAUGAAGAGGAGGAGCUGAAAAUGCGUCGGAGACAAACUGGUACUCGAGAGCGGGGCCGUUAUCGGGAAGAGGAAAUGACUGUGGUGGAUGAAGCCGAUGAUGACAAAAAACGGCUCCUUCAGAUCAUUGACCGGGAGGGUGAGGAGGAAGAGGAAGAGGAGGAGCCACUGGAUGAAAGUUCUGUGAAGAAAAUGAUACUCACGUUUGAGAAAAGAUCCUACAAAAACCAAGAGCUUCGGAUCAAAUUUCCAGACAACCCUGAGAAGUUUAUGGAAUCCGAGCUGGACCUCAACGACAUCAUUCAGGAGAUGCAUGUGGUGGCCACCAUGCCAGACCUCUACCACCUUCUGGUGGAGCUGAAUGCCGUGCAGUCUCUUCUCGGCUUGCUGGGACACGAUAACACAGAUGUGUCCAUUGCUGUGGUUGAUUUGCUCCAGGAGUUAACGGAUAUAGAUACCCUCCAUGAGAGUGAGGAAGGUGCAGAAGUUCUCAUUGACUCUCUGGUGGAUGGACAAGUGGUGGCACUGCUGGUGCAGAACCUGGAGCGGCUGGAUGAGUCUGUGAAGGAAGAGGCUGAUGGCGUCCACAACACUCUGGCUAUUGUAGAAAACAUGGCUGAGUUCCGGCCCGAGAUGUGCACUGAGGCUGCGCAGCAGGGCCUCCUGCAGUGGUUGCUGAAGAGACUGAAGGCAAAGAUGCCUUUCGAUGCCAACAAACUGUAUUGUAGUGAAGUGCUGGCCAUCUUGCUUCAGGACAAUGACGAAAACAGGGAAUUGCUUGGGGAGCUGGAUGGAAUCGAUGUGCUUCUUCAGCAGUUAUCCGUGUUUAAAAGACAUAACCCGAGCACAGCUGAAGAGCAAGAGAUGAUGGAGAAUCUCUUUGAUUCUCUCUGUUCCUGCCUCAUGCUCAGCUCCAACCGCGAGCGCUUCCUGAAGGGUGAAGGCCUGCAGCUGAUGAACCUCAUGCUCAGAGAAAAGAAGAUCUCCCGUAGCAGUGCACUGAAAGUGCUGGAUCAUGCGAUGAUUGGACCUGAGGGCACGGAUAAUUGCCAUAAAUUUGUGGAUAUUCUUGGCUUGAGAACUAUCUUCCCCCUUUUUAUGAAAUCUCCCAGGAAGAUCAAGAAAGUGGGCACCACUGAGAAGGAACAUGAAGAACAUGUCUGUUCGAUCCUGGCUUCCCUCCUGCGGAACCUGAGGGGGCAGCAACGAACCCGACUUCUGAAUAAAUUCACCGAAAACGACAGUGAGAAGGUCGACAGACUGAUGGAGUUGCAUUUUAAAUACCUGGAUGCAAUGCAAGUGGCUGACAAGAAAAUUGAGGGAGAGAAACAUGACAUGGUCCGGCGUGGGGAGAUCAUUGACAGUGACACAGAGGAUGAGUUCUUCCUCCGGCGCCUGGAUGCCGGACUCUUUGUUCUCCAGCACAUCUGCUACAUCAUGGCCGAGAUAUGCAACGCCAAUGUCCCACAGAUUCGCCAGAGGGUUCACCAGAUCCUGAACAUGAGAGGAAGCUCCAUCAAGAUUGUCAGACACAUCAUCAAGGAGUACGCGGAGAGCAUCGGGGACGGCCGGACCCCAGAGUUCCGGGAGAAUGAGCAGAAGCGCAUCCUGGGUCUGCUGGAGAACUUCUAGGAUCCUGAGGCCCUGGGUGGCGCAACACUCCUCCCUGCCUGUCUCUGGGAAGCCUGGCACUGCAAGGCCUGACUUUUUGGACUUAUUAAAGCUAGUUUUGGUA